UAAUAAGCGUUUCGAGGUGCUUCUCGUGGCGGAUGAGGCCGGCUUUGAGGCCGCUGAUCGCUUCCAGCUCUACCAGUCCAAGAGUGUGCUGACGUCCCGUUCCUACAAGCUGGCGGUCGCCGACGUGGCUGCACUCAAGCGCGCACGCGCCAUCUACCCCCGUGGUGGUCGUCCCGGCGGCCGUGACGGAGAAAUGGACCUCAAAGGCUCCCCCCCUCUCACGUGCCAGCAGCCACGCUUCAAGGGCAUAGAGAGAGAGAGCAUAAGAGAAAGCAAAGGGAAAGAGCAUAAGAGAAAGAGAGAGAGAAAAAGAGAGAUAGAAAGAGAGAAAGAAAGAAAGUGUGAGAGAGAGAGAGAGAGAGAGAGAGAGAGAGAGAGAGAGAGAGAGAGAGAGAGAGAGAGAGAGAGAGAGAGAGAGAGAGAGAGAGAGAGAGAGAGAGAGAGAGAGAGAGAGAGAGAGAGAGAGAGAGAGAGAGAGAGAGAGAGAGAGAGAGAAAGAAAGAGCGAGAGAGAAAGAGAGAGAGAGAGAGAGAGAGAGAGAGAGAGAGAGAGAGAGAGAGAGAGAGAGAGAGAGAGAGAAGAGAGAGAGAGAGAGAGAGAGAGAGAGAGAGAGAGAGAGAGAGAGAGAGAGAGAGAGAGAGAGAGAGAGAGAGAGAGAGAGAGGUGACGAAGGCUCGAGCGCUGAAGGGAGAAGGC